AUGCCGGACCUCGCGCAAGCUCAGGAGCUGUACAAGUCCGGCAUGGUCCUGUACGGCAAGAGCCGAUAUGAAGAGGCGCUAAGCGCGUUUAACCGGUCCAUCUCGCUCGGAGGCAAGAGUUGGAAGGUCCUCGAUGCCAAAGCCGCGACCAUGAACCGCAUGGGCGGCGCGUGGCAGCAGUCGGCAUUCGAAAUUGCGAGCGCGCUGUGUCGAACGCAUGGUGAGAAGAAUGCCCGCCCAUGGUACCGCGCGGCAAGCAUCCUAGUGUCCAUGGGAAUGGUCGACGCGGCGGAGCGGAGCAUCACCAAAGGGCUGAGCUUGACAAGGGACCCUGCCGCGCGCAAGAACCUCAACGACCUGCGCGACAAGGCUGCCCAGGUUCGCAUCCGACUGGAGGUGGACGGCGCGACCAGUGCUUUUGAGGCAGAUGUUCUUGCCUUGGCACAGGCAAAGGCCAAGCUGUGCUUUACCCACCUCCUCUCGCCCGAUGUCAUCCUGCUCAUCGCCGAGGCCGGGCUCCAAAGCGACCCCGACAUGCCGCUCCGCAUGGCUGGCGUGUGCACCGAAUGGCGCGCGAUUGUCACCCACCGUACCGCUGUUUGGUCCCAUCUCCGCUUGGGCCGGCGACGCCCCGAAGCCAAAGUCGCGUACUGGGUCGAGAAGAGUAAAAGCCGUGUCCGCCAACUUACCAUCACAAACAAGAUGCCUCGCGAAAGACACACGGACGUCGCGCGUAUGCUGCGGAGACAUGUCGCUGGGUUGGAGCGGCUCGAGAUUCAUGCGCACGACCCCGACCUCCUCGUCAACGAGUGGCAAGAAGCGUGUCGUCAACUCAAGUCUCUGGUCAUACACAAUGUCAGAGGCUCGACGGCGGCUCGGAGAACCUACCCAUUUGUCUUUGGUCUCCUCCACCCCACCGCCGCCAGACUCGAGGCUGUCGACAUUGGCUGUGCAAACAUGGCCCCUGGAACUGUCAUUCAAGGUGACGACCCAGACGCCAACCCACGAGACGGUCUCUGGCUUCCAAACCCGACCCUCCAACUUGCCUGCCUGCGCAAGCUACGCAUCGCCGAUGGCCUUGCAGGCAAGCGCAUGACCCUCUCGACACUGCUGGCCGAUACGCCACACCUGCACGAACUGGACGUCGGAAGGAUCUUCUUUCACGCGCCCGAAGAAGACGACACUCAUGCGCUUGUACCCCGACUCGAGAAACUCGAGUUGCGUGACACGGGCGGCCAGCGUGACCUCGUGACAGCGCUCGACAUACCAGGACUGACGGCGUUUAGCUGCUAUGGCUGGACAACAGGUCAGCUGAGGACGAUUGACAUGCUCCGUGGGGUAGGCAUGGCUGCUGCGCUCCCAAACCUCGUCUCGCUAGACAUUGGACGGUGUGGCGUUAUCCAGUCACAGCUCAUGGCGGUUCUCCCAGAACUCAAGUCACUCCGGUUCCUGAACGUCUCGUUCCUCGGCCUAAACAACGACUUUCUCGAGGCGUUGGUGGUGGGGGACACGGCCUUGUUGCCAUGUCUGACGGCGCUGUCCAUGGCCGGACAUGACAACAUUUCGGCAGGCCCGUUGAGGCGAGUGGUCCUGAGUCGCGCCCCGACAGAAGCCUCAAAAGCCAUUGCGCCUCUCCCUACGCGUCCCGCAUCGCGUUCCGCCUUUACCCCAGCUCGUUCGGCGUUUGCGCGGCCCAAGCCGGCGGCAGUGGCGGUUGCCGCCACUGCCACCUCGUCAAGCCCCCAGCGUCCACCGGUUGCUGCUAUUACCUGGGUCUGUGUCGACCUCUGCAACCACCCAGACAUGGACGUUCGCGUACUCGAGCCACUCCGCCGACGCGUGCGCUUCCUGUCCAACCAUAACGGUAACCAAGUCGAGGACCGGAUUCGCGGCCGCGGCAUUUAUGCCUGGGACAAGGAUGGAGAUUGGGACUCGGACUGUGCCGGCGGCAGCGGCGAGGGAUGCCACCUCCGCAAGCGCCGGGCCGAUGAGGACGGAUGGUAUGUUCACCACACAUGCAAGCGGGCGAGGGAGGAGGAGCAAGUCGGUAAAUAG